AGCCGGCCGGGCAGCGCAGCCCGUAUUCCCCUCACAGUCCGGCUCUUCCCUCUGACAUGGCGGAACUGCUGCCCGGAUACUCCCCAAGCUUCAAGAAACCCUCGGAGAUUCUCCGGUUAAGCAGGCGGAGGAGCCGGAGUGAGGCAUCCAAGGCCGGAGUUUCUCCGUUCUCCCCGGGGGAUGUCACCAAGCGAGUCCCCGGGCUGCGGCCUUUCUCCCCAGGGCCGAACAAGGGAGCCGGGGUGAAGCGGCGGAAUCCGUUUGCGAACCUAGAGAAUACGGUGUGCAGCCCUGUCAAGCGCCGAGCCGAGUCUGUGCCGGAAUGUGCUUCCCCCGAACCCCGGGCCCUUGUAGCUGCGCGGCCCUCCUGCUGGGAACUGGGCAGCCCCUCUCCGCAACCCCCACAGUUUAAUUCAGUUGAAGAUGUGAUUUGGGGAGAUCCUCUUGCUGAUCCGCUUGUGAAGACAGAAUCCCCGGAGAAGCCCGCCACAGCCUGCGAGACACCUAAGGGAUCGGUCACGUUUCCUGCUGACUGGAGUUUAAAGACCCGCUUACUCUUCACGUCUUCUCAAUCGUUUAGUUGGGCCGAUCACCUGAAAGCCCAAGAAGAAGCCCAAGGGCUAGUGAUGCACUGCCGUGCCACUGCGGUCAGUCUGCCACACAGCAUUCAGGAACCAAAGUUAUCCACAGAGCUCCGAUGCGCCUUUCAGCAAAGUCUUGUGCACUGGGUUCAUCCGUCGUUUCCUUGGGUGCAGCUUUUCCCUCGCAUUGGGAUAGACCGCAAGAUGGUGGGGAAAAACAGCCCUUGGUCUCACGAUGAAUCUCUACAGCAAGUCAUAAUGAGUGAAUGGGCUCUGAGUUUUACGUCCUUGUAUAAUUUACUGAAGGCCAAACUGUGUCCUUAUUUCUAUGUGUGUACGUAUCAGUUUACUGUGUUGUUCCGUGCCGCUGGACUUGCAGGAAGUGAUGUCAUUACUGCUGUCAUGUCCCCUACAACUAGAGGUUUAAGGGAAGCCAUGAAAAAUGAAGGGAUCACUUUCACUCAGCCACUAGUAGAAGAAGAUCCUAGCAAAAAGCAAAAAAACUCUGAAGCAAACUCACAAGGAGAUAUAACCCCUAAGAAAGAAAACGGCAACACAGAAACAGAUGAGGUGUCUGAUGAAAGUGAUGAAGAUGAAAGUUUCUCUUGGCUCGAAGAGAUGGGAGUCGAAGAUAAAAUUAAAAAGCCAGAUUCAAUAUCUAUUAAACUCCGGAAAGAGAAGAAUGAAGUCAAACUAGACCAUAAGCCCGAAUCUGUUGUGUUGGUGAAAGGAACGAACACUUUCACUUUACUGAACUUUCUCAUAAACUGUAAGAGCAUCGUUGCUGCUGCCGGUCCCCAGGCCGGGCUUCCUCCAACUCUGCUGUCUCCGGUCGCUUUCCGAGGGGCAACGAUGCAAACACUUAAGGCCAGAAGUGUGAAUGUGAAGACACAGGUGCGCUCUGGCUAUAAGGAUCAGUUUAGCCUGGAGAUAACCGGCCCUAUUAUGCCUCAUUCCCUGCACUCUCUGACCAUGUUACUUCAGUCUGCGCAGAGGGGAAGUUUCUCUGCAGGUUUCUAUAGUCAUGAUCCAACCGCUGUGUUUAAUACUCCCAUCCACCCUCAAGCUGCGAAGGAGAUUUCUGCAGAUCUUCAAAACUGUGGCCUUCAUCCCUCGACAGUGGAACAGCUCAGCCAAGUGAAUCAGCUGGGGAAGCUCUCGCUGCGCCACCUGGAACUGAGUGACUACAGAUACACAUGGAAAUCUUAGGCCAUUUGGCUUUGGUCACACUUACCGUCUCUAUUGAUUGGCUCUCCUUGUGGCCUUUAUAUGAUCUUUGUGCCUGCAGGAUUCCCUUGUGUCAUAUCUAUUCACUGCCAGAGCACACUAGUGAUAUAAAUGUGUAGCCAAAAGCCACAUCAUUAUCUUAAGUGUUCUCUUCUAAUUAAAUGCUAUUUUAAUUUAAUUGAUAAAUUGCAAGACGUGCUGUGCAAAACAUGUGCUUGGGUUAAACUUAAUUCCCUGUGGAUUUGCUUUAUAUAAUUGUGUAAAGGUCUACCACUCCAGGCAGUGCUUUGAUCUGCAGUAUUCGACUUAACACUGCCCUCUAGAGGUGAUUCUGUGUAUGUGGGGGGGUCAGCACAGACUUAUUAGGAUUACUUUUUUUUUUUGUUUUUCUUUCAACUUUUGUUCUCCCAUCAAAUGUGUUGUUUGUAGCUUUCUACACUGCCAUGUAUGCCUCGCUGCUCAUGUUGGAAGGAGCUUUUAUAAAUAUUAAUGGAACUUGUGCAAAUAAAUUUGAACUGCCUUUUUAUGUCA